UCUUCAUUUCGGAAUCCAGGAAGGUGGCGAUGCGGCGGCGGCGGAAAUAAGUGAAGUUCUACCGUCUCUCUUCCUUCCGAUUGCACACAAAUCUUCCUUCAUCAAAAUGAGUGGAACGAUAUCGGAAAUCACAGAUCUCUUCUCUCGAUUAGCUACUGAUCUUGAAUUGUUGAAUUUACCAGAGAUAAACGAUCGCCAACAAUCCCUUGACCUCUCAAUCUCCAAGAUCAACCAAUCACUUAACCUAAUCGACCAUUCUCACAACACUGUUUUGGACACCUUACUCUCCUUAAUGUGCUAUACAGCUCCUCAGGUUUUUGAAUCAACGAUUGAAUAUCUCGUAAACACAAUAGUAGCUGUUUUGUCUUCAUCUGUUGCUUGUGAGGUUUUCAGAAUCCAGAAAUCGGAAUUCUUAAGAAUCGGUUGUGGUUUUUCGUGCCAAGAUUCCGCUUCAUUACUUGAAGGCAGCAUUGAUAUUCUUGCCAAAUUAAGAGGAAAUGGUGGGUUUAAGGAGGUCUGCAUUUCCUCUUUGCACUCGUAUGAUGAUGCAGAACGGCUUUCUCAUUUACUAGUAACUGCUGUUGUAAAGAGCGUUUCUUUGGCAUCUUUAUUUCUCUAUGGACAAGAUAUGUUACCUAUUCUUGAUGAACGAUUAAGUGACAGUAGUAGUUCCCACGUUGCUGAUCUGCUUAAAUACCUACCUAAUGACGUAUCUUUCAAAGAUGAACAAAUUCCUUUGAGGUUGCUUUUGUGGAACGUAGAUCCAAUGAUCCUGAAAAAUGAUGUAUCACGGAUUUUGCAAGAUUAUACUUGUAGACCUUUCCUUUCCUGUAGGAUGGAAUUCUAUCACAGAAUGGAUUGGCGUAUGAUAGUUGUAUGUUUGGUGCUUUCACCAACUAUCUUUAUAGAGACAUGCGCUCUCCUACACAAAUGGUUUCUAUUGACGGGCUCGGCUUCUGUAUUAGAUCUUCAAAGCCAACUGAUCUCAACAUUAUUGGACGUUCUUUCAAGACCUAUGUGGUGGGGCUUGUCGGAGAAAAUAGGAUUGAAACUGUCUUUUCCUUGUGCAUACUUUCCUCAUGACCCCAAUUUGCUGAAAACUUUAAGUGGACCACUAUCUUGCGAAGCUUUUCAGAAGUUAUUAGCUUAUCAUAUGGACAAACCAAAGUGUAGGCAUAGGUCCUCAGAGGCAACUGCAAUAGAUGUUCUUGAGAUUUCAUUGAUAAACUACAAAUCACCAUGGGCUUUGGCAAUGAACUUCCCAGAUUGGUUCUUUUUGGCAUCAUCAUUACUAUUUGCUGAGAAAGAUUUUGUAAACCAUAUUUGUUGCAAGGACAAGCAAGUUGACGAUAAUGAACAUGUCUGUUGUUCGGCUGGACAAGCAGCUAGAUACAUUACGUGGCUUCUAAACCCCAUCAACGAACAUAAUCAGGAACUACUUUGUAAAGGUCUGACUCGAAUAUCUGAAACUUGGGUUCUUAAGAAAUUCUCGAGUCAAGCCUCCUGUGUGAAGAAAGUCAAGAAAGCAAAACUCUACAAAGACACGAAUAAUCUGGAAUAUGAUGUGAAAACUAUUCAACUAUGGCUAAGGGAAUUUAACGACAUGUACAUUGAAUGUCGCGACAGUAAUUCUCGCGGAAACUUGCUGUUCAGGAGAAUUCCUUUAGGAAUCGUGAUAGGUUUCUCUGGCAGAGUAAGUGAAGAUGAAUGUUUAUUACUCCUACAUUACGCCGCAACUGGUAAAAUUUGGGACUCAGGUAGCUCAACUAACCUCGGUCAGGGGAGAGAAGCUGUGGCUGGAGCCGGGCUCGUGUUCUACUUAAGUGACGUGGUGGAGAACAUGUCUGAUUCGUUGUUUGAUGAACCAGAUACUGCGACGAGUUUUGUUUCGCGGUUCAAACUAAGGGCCUCCAGGUAUUUGUUUAAUUGUGUGAAGAGAAUAAUUAAAAUGGAAAAUGGCGAGGAAGGUGAUGGAUUUAUAAUGCUUAGGGAUCUUCAGAACAGGCUAAUGAGAUGGAGAUGUUUAGGGCUUGAAGUAUUUAAAGGUUCUAGUGAUUUGGAUAAUGUUCUUGCUGCUCUGCAUCAUAAAUUAUCAUCAUAACAUAUUUUUUCUUGUAAACACACAUAUUAGGAUAGGAUUUAAGAAAAUGUAUG